AAUUAGGGAGGGUUCAAUUGUUGGGGUGAUCGGUUUUACUAAUUAAUGAAACAAGAAUAGAGUGAUCCAGAAAUUAGAAAUGUCAAUACUAUGGGAAAAAAGCGAGACAUGGCGGUGGCUAGUGAGGAGAACAAGGGACUCGAAGCCGUUCUUCUUGGCCUUUGCCACCCUCUGCGGCGUUGUUCCGGGUGUCAUUGGCUACGGCGUCAUGCAACUUACCAACUCCCGCAACCCUCACUUGGAGGCCCGGCUGCGCGAAAACGCUCGCCCCGAAUCCCUCAUGAUGGGGAAAGUGAACCAAGAGCGAUUAGCGGAAUACCUUGGGGAGCUCCAGCGGAAAGAGGAUACAAAUGAUCGGUAUGUAGCUGCUUUGAGGGGAGAGACAUUGACUAGGACUCCUUAUCAGAGAAUUCAGCCUGUUCCAAAGCAAAACGCUGAGAAGAAGAACAACAGCAACGAGAAGGCUUAGCCAUGUAGUUUGGUUGCUGAGAGUGUUAUCUUAUACAUUGUUUUCUCCCAUGCUUGCUUUCUUACUUUACUUUGCAUUGGUUAAAGUGAUUACCUCAUACCUCAAACAAAUCUGGGUUAAUGUUUUUGAAAUACUUUAAGGGUUAUUUGAGUACACUGAUUUAUGUUUAUGUUUA